CGGCCGGCCCCGCCACGUGGAGAUCAGCCACGUACAGGCGAUGAAGUGGGCGCGCAGACCACUCUUUCGGUUUCUCCUCUAGACUCUGCGGAGUUUCGGUUGGCAGUACUGCAACGCGAUGGGGAUCUCAGGAGAAUCGACAUUCAGCGUCUACGUCAGGCUCGUCAUCAGGCUGAAAGGGCUCGAGGACACGACUACGA